CAAAGGAAGUACGUAUUCCCGAAGAAGCAGCAGCGCAUCGUGAUGCGAAGCUUGUCGAUGUAAGAGAACGGCAACGGCCGCGACGACGAUAUCUAGAAUGCGCGGCCAGGGAAAAGGAGAACAAGAGACUACGAGAAGACAUCGCCGAUCACCUCGCAUUGGCCGCCCGCCAAGCACCAUGAGCGGCGUGUACUACAUCAAAAAGCCCUUGGACGAGAUCGACACGUCCGAAGGAGCGCUGCCUCUCAAUCUGCAACGAAUUGCCGAAGACGAGCUAGGUGAAAUUCCAGCUCGAAGAAAGGAAUCUCUCGAAAAGCUGCGGCAAUUGUUAUCAGAAGAGGAAGAGUACCUCUGCCCGAGAAAAGAUGCUGCGUUUCUCCUGCGGUUCCUACGUGUACGGAAGUACAACGUCGAGGCGGCGCUGCGCACCAUCCGGAAUUACUACAGGAACCACAGCACGAGCGGGCCCGUCUUCCGGGACUUACUGCCAUCCAGCAUAUCGCCAGCAACGCGCCGGAUCAUGAUGAUAAUGCCGGAAAAAGACGUUUACGGACGCCCCAUCUUCUUCAUCAAGAUGGGUUCUUGGGACGUUGUGGAAACAUCUUACGUCGAAAUGCACCGGGCAUCCAUGCUUUGCCUGGAACAUUUAGCGAAGGAUCCCACGACGCAAACAUUGGGCAUGGUCAUGCUUUUCGACUACGCUAACUUGACGCCGGAAAAAGUGCUCUCCAUCAAUGUGGGCCUCAUUCGAAAAGGCUUUGAGUACCUUCAGGAUUGCAUGCCCAUGCGUAUGAAAGCUAUGUAUGCUGUGCGAGAGGGGCUCGCAUUCGACUUGCUCUACGCUCUGAUUAAGCCAUUCCUCAAGAAGAAGAUGACUGAAAGGUUUCAUCCCUACGGAGAAAAUUUUGAAGAACUCCACAAGCACAUAUCCCCUCAAAUUCUGCCUAAAGAGUACGGUGGAGACGCACCCCCACUCGACUUUGAUGGAUUCUGGAGCAAACUGGAGGCCUAUGAGGAGGACUACAAGGAGGGCAAUAACUACGGAUACAUCACGAAUAACCACGAUUUCGCCACGGAUGCGGAAAUUGAAAACGAAGUCACUUUUUUGUAAUAAAGACUC